AUGGCAGAGACCUCGACGGCAACUCAGUUCAAGAAGGUCGACAUCUUUGAGAAGUAUGCAGAGUUCGACGAAGGCUUUAUGUUAGAUCUCUUCAGAAGCUUUGGUAUCCCGAUCUCAUCCAAGGAAGUGCUAAAGAACGAAGCAGUUUUCAAGCGCCUUACUCAUGCAGUUACCGACCGCCGAAGACAGAUUAGGUAUUGGAGUCGACAUGCCGACAAACUCGCUGCUGGUCCUUCACUGUUUAACCCCUCGUUCUCAAUGCUACAGAAACCAGUACAAACCGAAGUUGACAUAACGAUCGAUACCCAAGCGGAAAAGACCAUCAUCAAAGAACAUGCAUCGACCACACCACCGCCAACCAUGUAUCCGGAGACGGAGGUGACAGCUAUGAACCAUGUACUCCGAGACAUUCAGCCAUAUCUUUGCACAUACAAUGACUGCGCCGAACCCAACGAAAUGUACAGCAGUCGGACUCAGUGGGCUGAGCACGAAGCUCACUCACACCGGAAGGUCUGGCAGUGUUAUCAGCACACAGAUGCGGUCUUUCGGUUUCCAGAACUCCUGGCAGACCACCUCCGUGCGCAGCACGCCGAUCGUCUUACAGAAGACCAAAUACCGGAUCUAGUUGAGCUGGCCGAGACCAGCUUACAAGACGAACGGUCAACUUGCCCUAUAUGCCUCAAAAACGGCCCAUUUGUAAACGGCCUGCAGAAUCAUCUUGCGUAUGAUCUCCAGCGGAUUGCGUUGUUCGCUCUCCCACGCGGUUUCAACGAAGAAGCGACAACUCCUGAAGCUGACAGUAACGUGCGUCAAGGGGUAGACCGAAGCGCACAAGACUCAUCAUUAGCAGGCCCGCUCAAUUCCACUGAUGAUUGGUCACUUCCGGGAGACGAGGCGGAGAGGGAGGCGGCUGAGCGCGAAGAGGAGGAGGAGAGGCAACGAAUGCAAGAGUACGAGUUCCUCCGUGUGGAGAUGAUUCGAGAAAGGGAGCGGGCUGCUCUGAGGUUAGAGGAGAGGGCGUUAUGGGAGCGGGCUGCUCUGGGGUUAGAGACGCGGCCAAGGGACCGGGGAGGUCUGAGGUCAAGGAAGCUGGCAGAGGAGAGGGUAAGGGAGGGACUAAGGCAUGAGGAUUCCUACUGGGAUAGUGGAAACAGAUCUGGAAGCGUCAAGCCCUGA